UGGGAUUGCAAUGGCAGCCCCCUUGAAAAUUUAUUUUGAAAAAUAAUUUAAUGUUUUAGAUUAUUGUACUAAAAUGACAGACGAUUUAAUUAAAUAGACGUGUAAAUAUGAACGAAAUAUAUACAUUCGCUCUUUUGACAACCUUGGCCAGUACAUUACGCCCUACAUAUGGCACUUCUUGUCCCAGGGAUAGAUGUAGGGUUGUGAGGAACACUGUGUUUGAUCUUAUGGUUCCAUUAUAUCAAAAAGCAAAUCUCAAGUUUCCACCUCAAUGUCCUUUUAACCCUGACCAUGAUAUAUAUGGAGAACAGGAAAAUCUCAAACAGAUGGAUGGACCAUCUCAUUGGAUGUGUAAUAUCUGCGGAAAAGCUUUUUACACUGAGAAAACUCUGGAUCAACAUUUUGAUAACAGGCAUCCAGAGCAGAUAAAAAAGGGCCCAACUUCAGUAUGUUUGGCCGACUACUGUGAUAUAUUCCGUUGUGACAUCAUAAUGGGGAUCAAGAAACCUGAUUAUUGGUCGAUGGUCAUGUGUAAACACGAAGAAAUGAAAAAUAAACAUACUAAGUGCAAGGAAUCUUUAAAAAAAUGUGUGCCACCAGAUUUGAGCAGCAUACAGAACAGAGAAUUUUAUAAUAAAUUAACAGAUGCAAUAUGCUCCAAGUUAGACUGUGAUAAAUAUUGGGAUACACCCCCUGAAGAAGGUGGAAUUGGUCUCUUCCUGUACAUUCUAGCUGGUUUCAUCCUGGUUCUAGCUCUCAUCAUUUAUUAUUUUGUGGCAUAUUCACAUUUUUAUUCCGAUGAACCAAUAUUUGCUCAACAUGUAGUCGAGGAUCAUAGAGCUCCAGUUUACCCUCCAGGGAGCCAGGAGAUACGCAACAGAUUCCAACAAACCAGGAUCAAACAGCAUAAUAGCAGUAGACCCAUCAUGAACUCAAACAAAACAGGUGACCAGGCACAUCUUCGUCAAUCCAUGGGUUAAGGAUCAAACAGCAUGGUACUAAGGCAGUAG